AUGACGAUCGCUUGUCUGUCAGGGCGUGGCUGGGUACCGAGGAGAAUAUCGCCAGGAAGAGGUAUAUCACCUUUGCCGAUUCGUGCGCUCUUCUCGAGACAGCUCGAUUCCUGCAGCGAAACCCGUGGGAACGAUGGGUCGACAUCUGCCGCCAAACAGAAUUCAAAAAAAUCUCCCCAGCGUCUCUUCGAGAACCUCCACCACAUCACCUACCCCGCUGCUCUCUUCCAACCCACGUCAAUCUGUCACGUAGCUUGGGGCAUGUACAGGGUCUCUUUAACGAAAGCUCGCUACAUCUGUAUCGACAUGCCUCCUUGGCCGAUCCCUAAGGUAGCAAUCGAUGCGCUACGCAGCCCCUUUACCGGCAAAUCUCCUCCUUGCGGGUUGACAGUUCAUAACUGCUCCUCGUUCAUCGAUGUGCCGUUGUUGAAUUUGGAGUCAGAUACCUGUGUUGAGGUUUUCAUGCGGAGUCCGAAGGACACGUUUGGGUCUGAGCGGGUGGAUGUGGACGACAUACAGUUCCUACAUGAAUACACCCUCACUAAUUACUUUAAUCAAGUCUUUAAUGGGGCGAGCUGGAUAACUCGACCCAACUUUGUUGUCCAUCAUGCAGCGCGAACACAAGACGACAUUGACAGUGUUUACUUUCAGCAUGAUCUGUAUGAUGGGGAGAAGUUGACAAUCUGGACCGACGAAGAGUGUGCGGCACAUGAGGAGCUGGAUUGUAUGUGUGGAUUGAAAGUGUGCGAGGCAAUUCGCGAAUGGACGAGCGACGAGGAGUCAGAAGGGUUCGAGGACAGUGGGGAAGACAGUCCGAUAUCUGGAUGA